AUGAUUCACCCUCUUGCUGCAGCAAUGAGCAACCAACUCCAGAACACUUCCUCUUUUAACUCGGCGACCUGGAAUUUCCAAGACGUGGGAAACUCCUCGCCCGUCCGGACCACAGACGUACACCCGGUCUCUGUCAGCCCCUGGGACGUCGCGCUGUGCGUGACCGGGACCCUCAUCUCCUGCGAGAACGCGAUCGUGAUUGCCAUCCUCUUUUACACGCCCACCCUGCGCGCUCCCAUGUUCGUGCUCAUCGGGAGUCUGGCGGUCGCGGACCUGCUGGCGGGGCUGGGUCUCAUACUGAAUUUCAUCCUCACAUACAUGCUGAAUACGGAGCUGGUGACGUUGGUCGCCGUGGGUCUGCUCAUCGCCGCCUUCUCCGCCUCCGUACUCAACAUCCUGGCGAUCACCGUGGACAGGUACCUUUCCCUGUACAACGCGCUGACCUACCACACCGAGCGCUCCGUGACUUUCACCUACGUCAUGGUGAUACUCAUCUGGCUGGUGUGUGUCGCCUUAGGCUUGCUGCCUCUGUUGGGCUGGAACUGUCUGCGAGACGAGUCCUCCUGCAGCAUCUGCCGCCCGGUGACUAAAAACAACGCCGUCGUGCUGGCGGUGACGUUUCUGCUCAUUUUCGCAUUGAUGAUGCAGCUCUACCUGCAGAUCUGCAAAAUAGCCUUCCGACACGCGCAGCAGAUCGCGGUGCAGCACCACUUCAUGGCCAUCUCCACCACCAAAGGCGUGUCCACGCUCUCCGCUAUCCUCUGCACCUUCGCCCUGUGCUGGAUGCCCUUCGCGAUGUACUCUAUAGUGGCGGACUCCAGCUAUCCAAUUAUCUACACGUAUGCCACUGUCCUGCCUGCCACGUGCAGUUCGGUUAUCAACCCAAUCAUCUACGCCUUCAGAAACCCCGACAUCCAGAAAUCUCUGUGGCUGGCGUGCUGCGGAUGCGUUCCCCCCAACAUCUCUUUGCGGCCAAGGACGUCAAGUGAUGUAUAGCCAUGAGUUAGUCAUAGGCCCAAGUAGCCUAUCUUUUUAAACUUGCUUGUUUUGGCUUGUUUUGGCAAUGGCUUGCAGAGUUGCCUA